AGUUUCCUCCCUUUUGUGGAUACGGGACAAUGAGCUUUUCUAAACGUCGUCUUUUUCCACAAUUAAAUAUCAAUUAGGGUCACCGCAAACACACAGAAAGGAGUCAGGGGGAAACAUGGAGGUGCCUUGUUAUCCUCCCAAGCUGCUGUUUGAGCUGAACGAGCAGCGGAAGAGAGACUUCUUCUGUGACUGCAGCAUCCUGGUGGAGGGCCGUGUGUUCAAAGCUCACCGGAAUGUGCUGUUUGCAGGAAGCGGCUACUUUCGGGCUCUGCUGGUUCACUACCUGCAGGAGAGUGGACAGCGCCACUGCACAGCAUCACUGGACAUCGUCACAGCUGACGCCUUCUCUAUAAUCCUGGACUUCCUGUACUCCGGCCGCUUGGCCCUGAACAGCAGCAAUGUCAUCGAGGUGAUGUCCGCCGCCAGCUACCUCCAAAUGACCGACCUGGUGAACUUCUGCAAGGACUACAUCCGCUCAUCUUUGGAGAUUUGCAACAAGGAGAAGGAGAGGAGCUUGGAGAAGGAGAACCAGGAGGAGGACGGAGCGAUGGGUCCUGACAGCGGAACAGUAACGAUCUCUGCGGUCGCGGGUGCGGAGGAGACCAACUCUCAGGCAGCAGAGGUGGACGGAGAGUCAGAUUUAGGUCCGGAGACCAUCACCUCAGCAAGGACCCCAUUGUCAAUAGCAGUCCCCACCCCUCCAGGCUCCAGCAAAGACAUGGACAGUGCCUACUCCUCCAGGGAGGGGUUUGCAUCUGGGAGUGAAGGACAAAAAGGACAUAUGGAUCAGACUAAUCUCUCGUCGUCCUCCUCCUCUGCUUUGACUCCAGAGUUAGUGAACCCUAAAAUAGAGUACGACCCCGAUGAGGAACUUGUUGAGUCUUCUGACACAAAAGAGCUCACAUCAUUUCCUGGAUCUUCUCUGCACAGCGCCCAUCAUAGUCGGUUACUUCCAACAAGUCUUUUCCCCUCCAACGAGCGCUCUUUGUCGGGAUACGGCGCUUCCUUAAACGCCAGGCAGCUGAUGGAGAUGUUGGCCAGAGGUGAAGCCCCGAGAGGCUCCAGUCCUUUGGGGGACAGAGUGGGACAGCGCUUUAACCAGGGACUGAGUGGCAGCGCAGGAGGUGGCAGGAUGGAUGAAAGUUUGGGGUUUGUGGGAUCGUCUGUCAUGGAGAUUCAGUCCGAUUGGCUUGGAGAGGACACAGGUGACAGCUUGGUAGUGGCGGUGAAGCUCCACAAGUGUCCUUUCUGCCCGUACACGGCCAAGCAGAAGGGGAUCAUGAAGAGACACAUCCGAUGCCACACAGGAGAGAGGCCCUUCCCCUGCCCCAUGUGUGGCAAGAGGUUCACGCGACAGGAGCACCUUCGUUCUCACGCUCUCAGUGUGCACAGACACUACUGGCCGGUUUCCUGCAAGAGCUGCCGGCGGACCUUCACCGGCUCGAGCGUCUCCCCGGGACUGAGGCGCUUCGGGAUCUGCGACAGCUGCAACUGCGUGACCACCACCCACGACGACUCGGCCUCGGCUCACCCCUCUGGUCAGCCGGAGCCCUUGGUGCGCGCCGAAGGGGGCACGGAUUGGUCGACGUUCAUGGACGACGUGGACGAGGUGGAGGUCGGCAGAGUGGAGGACUUGGUGGAGAAACAGAUACUUGACAGGCAGCUGGCUGCGUGUGGCGACGUAGGUCACACGCUGUGAAUUCACACUCAAUGUGGAAACAUUCCUCUAAGCCGUGGCCACGCUUUUAUUAAUAUCAAAUCAUCAAUGUGACAUUAUUUAUUUAUUCACUUGUGUUUGUCCAAAUAGUCUGUCCAACUCUUACUUUCAUUGUGCUUUAUUCAUUAGUCUUAAGCAAGGAACUGAUUGUGACUUUUUACUGUCUGGAACUAAGUUUAAAUUUCAAACAUAUUUGCACAGAUAAAAAACAAACCUCUGUGUCCUGCACACAGAACGAAGACGCUCUUUUUACCAUCUUGUGAAAUCAGUCGAAAUUGUAGUUACACUCACUGACAAAAAACAAAAAAACAAAAAGAAAAACUUUGAGCAUACAGAAGGGAUGGUCUGAUUUGGAUGUAAUUUACUCCACGAGGAGACAAGAAGCAGAUAAGUGAACCCACUUUUACAUUGCCCAGUCUCAGCACGACUUGCCCCGCCCGAAUUCAAAACAACCCGGCUGGACACGGUCUCAAUACUUACAUAAAAUUGAGUGGCGCCUUGAUAUUAGAUGCCUGAAACUUAUUGUCACCAAGUAAAUAAAAAGAGAAAUGAAAUCAGUAAACACUCACCAUUCUCUGCCUCGGCUUCUAAACCUGCUGUGGCCAAGUUUAGGCCACCUGUCCUCCACCGGUCAAGGCCUGUCAAUCAACUCCAUCCGAAUUCUGUUGUUAGCCAACAAGCAAAAAAAAAAAAAAAAGUCUGCUGCUCCUCGUAGUAGCAUUUAGAUGCAUUUUAUGUAUAUUUUGACAAGGUACAUGCCAAAAACAAAUGCUGAGGUUUUGAAAAGAUUCACUGUCAUGAUUGACAUCGCUCUCUGGCCAAUUGAUGGCCUCAAUGGUCUUCUGACGUCUUUUUGAUGUGAGCGGGGAUCAUAAUAUUAAAAAAAAGCACAAAUCUUAUUUUGUUUGAUUUGUGGCACAAUGGUCUACAUCAAACUUGAAGGAAACGUAUCAAAGACUGUAAAGGACCGUCUAGCAGUAUGGCGCUAAAGCUAAUAUUAGCUUAUUGCCUUGAUGUUCAGUUUUUAUUUUGUGAGUGAGUGUAUAUCUGAUUAAUACCUUUUCCAUUUGAGACUUUUAAAUAUAGCUUCUGCUUUAGUAGGCUCUUGUAUGUUAAAUUGAACAUUUUCAUGACUUACAAAGCUGAACACUUGUUUCUGAUUUCAGUUAAUCAAGGUUUAUGUAGACUUGCUGUAGUUCCACUUGGCAGUGCAUGUAAAAGAAAUGUGACCAAAUAAAUGACUUCUUGUAUACCUUACAUCUAUGUGCCACACCAAAGAUAAAUAUUUAGGCAUAUCAGUUUCUGUGCCGCCUUAAAAAUAUUUGUCUCUACUUCGCCAACUUGUAAAUUUCACUGCCUUUGCAUAAAAAUCAAAAUUUUUUAAUCUGUACGCAUAAAUGUCUGAUCUGCAAUAAAUGUAUGUGAACAUAAAACAAUUGCUUUUAUCUA